GAAUCUAUGGUACCUCCGGCAUGUGUUUCCGCCGUUCGCAGUCUUACUGCCCCGUAGGUUCUGCUCGUGGGCGCGCAGCGGCUAAUCCCGUCUGUGGACGCGAUGUUCGCGCCGCGUCGUCCGUGUUGAAUGAGCGCGCUAUGGAGGAGUUCUGAGCGCGCGGCGGCGGCGUGUGUGCGCGCGCUCGGCGGCCCCGCGGCGAAGUGGUUGAGCCGAAUCGUCGGAUUCAGCAUGUGCGCAUCCGUGAAGUAUGGCUCCCGUGGGCCGGCCCUCAUCCCGCGCAUGAAGACCAAGCACCGCGUCUACUACAUCGCCCUCUUCUCCGUAGUGCUGCUGGGCCUCAUCGCCACCGGCGCCUUCCAGUUCUGGCCGCACUCGAUCGAGUCGGCGGCCGAGUGGAGCGUGGACCGGCGGAGCGUGCACGACGCGCCCCUCGUCCGCCUGCCCGCCAACAGCCCCAUUCCCGAGAGGGGAGACCUCAGCUGCCGCAUGCACACCUGCUUCAAUGUCUACAGCUGCGGGUACAACCCCAAGAACCGCAUCAAGGUGUACAUCUACCCUCUGCAGCGCUACGUGGACGAGCUGGGCACCCCCAUCAGCAGCACAGGUCUGUCGCGGGAGUACAACGAGCUGCUGAGCGCCAUCUCCGACAGCGACUUCUACACGGACGACGUGAGUCGCGCCUGCCUGCUCGUUCCCUCCAUCGACGUGCUGAACCAGAACUCGCUGCGAGUGCGCGAGACCGCCCAGGCCCUGGCUAUGCUGCCCAGGUGGGACAGAGGGACAAACCAUCUGCUCUUUAACAUGUUGCCGGGCGGGCCCCCCGACUACAACACGGCCUUGGACGUACCCAGAGACAAGGCUCUGCUUGCUGGAGGAGGGUUCUCCACGUGGACGUACCGCCAGGGCUACGAUGUCAGCAUCCCUGUCUACAGUCCCCUUUCUGCGGAGGUGGACCUGCCGGAGAGACCUCCCGGACCCCGGCGAUACUUCAUAUUGUCGUCGCAGACGGCCUUGCACCGGGAGUACCGGGGCGAGUUGGAGCGCUUGAAGGAGGAGAACGGGGAAGCCGUGCUCCUGUUGGACAAGUGCAGCAACCUGUCGCAGGGCGCGGUGUCCUCCAGGAAGCGCUGCUACAAGAGCCAGGUGUUCGACUAUCCCCAGAUCCUGCAGGAGUCGUCUUUCUGCGUGGUUCUGCGGGGGGCUCGGCUCGGACAGGCGAUCCUCAGCGACGUGCUGCAGGCGGGCUGCGUCCCCGUCAUCCUGGCUGACUCCUACAUCCUGCCUUUCUCCGAGGUCCUCGACUGGAAAAGGGCGUCUGUGGUCAUUCCGGAAGACAAGCUCCCAGAGAUAUACACCAUCCUCAAGGGUAUCCCACACAGACAGGUGGAGGAGAUGCAGAGACAGGCCCGUUGGUUCUGGGACGCCUACUUCCGCUCCAUGAAGGCCAUUGGCUUGACGACACUGCAGAUUAUCAAUGACCGCAUCUACCCCUACGCUGCCCGCUCAUAUGAGCAGUGGAACAAUCCUCCAGUGGUGCAGUGGUCAAGUGUGAACAGCCCGCUCUUCCUGCCCUUAAUCCCACCUCGAUCUCCUGGCUUCACCGCGGUGGUGCUCACCUACGACCGUGUCGAGAGCCUCUUCCGCGUCAUCACUGAGAUCUCCAAGGUACCCAGCCUUGCCAAGCUGCUGGUUGUGUGGAACAACCAGAACAAAAGUCCACCUGAAGAGUCUCUUUGGCCGAAGAUCAACGUGCCUCUCAAGGUGGUGCGUACCAAGGAGAACAAGCUCAGCAACCGCUUCUUCCCCUACGAUGAGAUCGAGACGGAGGCCGUGCUGGCCAUUGACGAUGACAUCAUCAUGCUGACCUCUGACGAGCUGCAGUUUGGUUACGAGGUAUGGCGCGAGUUCCCAGACAGGCUGGUUGGGUACCCGGGCCGGCUGCACCUGUGGGACCAUGAGAUGGGCAAGUGGAAGUACGAGUCAGAGUGGACCAACGAGGUGUCCAUGGUACUGACUGGGGCGGCUUUCUACCACAAGUACUUUAACUACCUGUAUACAUACAAGAUGCCAGGAGACAUCAAGAACUGGGUGGAUGCUCACAUGAACUGUGAGGACAUCGCCAUGAACUUCCUCGUGGCCAACAUCACUGGCAAAGCGCCCAUCAAGGUGACCCCUCGGAAGAAGUUCAAGUGCCCCGAGUGCACGGCUAUCGAUGGGCUCUCCUUGGACCAGACCCACAUGGUAGAGAGGUCCGAGUGCAUCAACAAGUUUGCCUCCGUUUUUGGGACCAUGCCGCUGAAGGUGGUGGAACACCGGGCUGAUCCAGUCCUCUACAAGGAUGACUUCCCAGAGAAGCUCAAGAGCUUCCCCAACAUUGGGAGCCUCUGAGCGGGACUGUGCAACGUUAUCCAUCCCCAUCAUACCCCCCACCCAGGGAAUUCAAUACAGGCCGUUUCCAAUCACUGUUUCACCAUUCCAGCGUCUUUCAGUUCCUUCUGUUCCCUUACUGUACUGGGAGACUGAACUCGGGUGACAGAUAGCUUGUCCAUUUAAUGCUGACUCCCAGAUUCCACAGAGUAAGGACCGUGGACUUCGAGGCUCAAGGUGACAUUCGUCUUGGAAACCGUUCCCAAGUACUCUGCAAGAAAGUGUGGACAUGAGUGAGGCGAGAGAAGUAUUAGACUAAAGGGUUUGCUCCAACUGAGGCUUUUGCGCCCUUCAUGGUGGUUGUGUCAGGGUUUGCCCUCUUUCAAAGACCCCUGAAAGACCCAGUGGAAAUGCUGGAGUUUGUUGUUCUCCGUCAUCAGAUCUGCAGGUGUUAGAGAAUGUUAGUGACAGGGUAACUGCAAUUCAAGUGAUUGCUGCCUCUGGAGGUAGUAUAUUCUGUGUCAUACCUGGUUUUACUGUACUAUUCUGAUAAAUGCACAUUUAAAGACCUAGCUGUAGAAUUAGCGGGUGGUGGAUUAUUUUGAAAACACAUGCAGUGACAUUUCAUUUUUUGUGUCUUAACUACUGUCAGACUUUACCAGUGAGGUAGUUUGGCAUAAAUAAUUGAUCUACAAUACAUGUGAUGCAGUAGAUGUCCCGUUUACUGCGAUAACGAGUGCUGUCCAAGUGAAAAUGGCAAAAGUCUGAAUGCUGUCCUCCCCCAAGGAGUGUCUUGCUCUGCUAAGCAGCUCAAACAUUUCUCAGUGCUCAGAAUGAGAGUAAAAGUCUAUUAAGGAACAAGUAUUAAACAGAUCCAUUCUUUUGUCUUGGAAAUGUAUAUAAGGUUUUAGUUUCAUACUUCAGAUGUAGUUUAGCAGAGCUUUACAACUUGCCUGUUGAGCCACAAGCUAAUACAUUUCUUCAGCAGGUGACAAGGCUUAUUAUAGCUACAUUCUAUCAUGAUGCCUACUUCCAAUGCAACCUUACAUUUAACACAGAGUUUUCAGUAUGGGCUGUUAAUGUAAGAGUCAUUCAUUUCAAUUAACCAAAUGGUGAUGGGAAUAUGAGAUCUUGGGUCUGGCUUGCACUGCUGUUCACCUGGGAUUUCCAUACAGUAUAUAUCACAGUUAAAUGCUCCGGUUUCAGCAGACAUCUCACGUGCAUUAAUUCAGUUUGAUGUUUGGUUUCUUUUUUUUUUUU